ACGGCCGGCUUCCUGACUCACCCGGUCGGCCUAGCUAAGCCGAGCUUCCCCUGCACCUACGGCUCUUCCUCCCACCUCUCCCGGUCGGCCUAGCUAAGCCGAGCUUCCCCUGCACCUACGUCUCUCUCUCUCUCUCUCUCUCUCUCUCUCUCUCUCUCUCUCUCUCUCUCUCUCUCUCUCUCUCUCUCUCUCCUUUAAAAGCUCCCAUCGAAGCUUUCACCUCACUUCACACCGCGAUUCACACAACCCUCCUCUUCAUUAAUUCUGCUUGCUUCGUUCCUGCUGGUUCUUCGCGAACUCGCUGCUUCGGUUGUUCUGGCUCUUGUAUAAGCCUCCGUUUCUUGGCAAGUUCUUGCGCAUGAGUUUAGAAGCUCUUUGUCUUUCCGCUUCUGUUUCAUCCAAACCAAUCCAAGCUCGUUGCUUGAUUCAAAAGGAACACGAAAGAUCCAGGAGAAACGACAGAAAUAUCCGGAACAAAUCAAUCGUAGUCCUCCGUUCUUGGUACUGGUAGUAGCUGAGCUUUCCGCGUUAGUGGUCCGGAUCAGUCGCCACGAAACCGGGAGAGAGGAGGGAGGUAGGAGAAGCUCUCGGUAGCCGCGCGGAAUUGAUCCGUGAGAAUGCGGCAGAUCUCGUCGCUGCUGCAGGGGCUGGCCCGGUCGCUGUCCGUGGGGAGGGACAGCAAGGGGGACGGCGGCGCCGGCGCAGGCGAGGGGAAGGCCGCAGUGCUGCGGACGUCGGGGACGGUGUGGGGCGAAGGGUCAGAGACGUUCGCCGCCGUGUGCUCGCGGCGCGGCGAGAAGGGCAGCAACCAGGAUUGCUCCAUCGUCUGGGAGGGGUUCGGGUCUCAGGAGGACACGGCCUUCUGCGGCAUCUUCGACGGGCACGGCCCGUGGGGCCACUACGUCGCCAAGGCCGUCCGCGAGUCGCUGCCGCCGUCGCUGCUGUGCCACUGGCAGGAGGCCCUCGCGCUGGCCUCCCUCAUCGACGUCGAGAAGAGGCUCUCCGACUGCCGCUUCGACCUCUGGAAGCAGUCCUACCUGGCCGCCUGCGCCGCCGUCGACGACGAGCUCCGCCGCAGCCGCCGCCUCGACGCCGUCCACAGCGGCUGCACCGCGCUGUCGAUCGUCAAACAGGGCGACCUCAUGGUCAUCGCCAACGUCGGCGACUCCAGGGCCGUCGUGGGGACGACGUCAGACGACGGGGGCGUCGCUGCCGUCCAGCUCACCGUCGACUUCAAGCCCAAUCUGCCUCAGGAGAAGGAGCGCAUCCGGCGGUGCAACGGCCGCGUGCACUGCCUCGCCGACGAGCCUGGCGUGCACCGGGUGUGGUUGCCCAACCGGGAGUCGCCGGGGCUCGCCAUGUCGCGCGCGUUCGGCGACUACUGCGUCAAGGACUACGGCGUCAUCUCGGCGCCGGAGGUGACGCAGAGGAGGAUCAGCAGCAGGGACCAGUUCGUCAUCCUCGCCACGGACGGGGUCUGGGACGUGAUCUCCAACGAAGAGGCCGUGCAGAUCGUGGCGGCCACGCCGGACAGGGAGAGGGCGGCCAAGCGGCUCGUCGAGUGCGCCGUCCGAGCUUGGAGGCGCAAGAGGCGCGGCAUCGCUGUCGACGACUGUUCGGCCAUCUGCCUCUUCCUCCACUCGCCGCCAUCAUAGAAAGCUCCCCUGCUUAAAUCGGCGUCAAGAAGAGAACAAAGCAAAAUGCAGAUAUCAAGAUUAAGAUUAUUAUUCCCAUCGCAUUCUUGUUAGAGACUGCAAUGCCGCCGUCCAAGACUCGAAAGGCAGAUCAGAACGUGCAGUUUGCCGCAUGAUUGGGACACUGAAGGAUCGAUGGACCUGGACGGUGACCAAAAAAAUCUCCAGCUUUCACACCGUGCUUGUCAAAAUGUACGAGAAACAACACCAGCCACCAGCAAAGGCAGAAAGAUGAAAGGGAAAAAAGAUGCAUUUUGUCCUCAUUUUCGGCGUGUAUGGAUCUGAAUUGCUGUUAUGAUAGCAAAUAGUCACAAUUAUUGUUGUACAUCAAUCAAAAUAGGAUCACAAAUCAUAUAGGGGGUGCCAUCUGAACGAAAA